AGGCCCGAUAUCAAAUUCUUGUUUCAUUGGUUGACCAAAAAACUUGUCUCAAUGAAGAGUAAUUAAAUCAACGGCUUCUGCAAUCUAGGGCUUUCCGAUUAACUCACAUGGAUUUCCUAUUUGCAAUGGCUCUUUGACUCGAAGCUUUGUUUUGCGUUCCAUGGAGGAGGAAUCCUACACCACCCCCACCAGCACCAGUCAUUUGCUUGGUUCUGUUCCCGCUGUUAUUGCUGAAGAAAAGAACACCUCAAAUCAUGACGUCCCUUAUGCAAGUAUGCAAACAUUCCCUCCCAGCAAUGGAGGAGACAGAGGAAGGGGAUAUCAAACUCUUGAAAAUCCAACAGAAACAUUUGAGCAACAGCCAACAAACAACUGGCAGGGAGUAUUUAGUGUCUCAUCUUACAAACAGUAUUUCAACGUGGAUACAGAUGUUGUCGUAAACAGAUUGAUAAGUUCAUUGAAUCCAGCUGGUGGUGAUUUUUUUAAUAAGAUAGAUGCUAACCCUGAUUUGUAUGGGCUUAUAUGGAUCUCAACAACAUUGGUUUUCGUACUUACCUUACUUGGAAAUCUAGCUACAUAUCUUAUGCAAAAGCAUGCAGAUAACAGCAGUUCUUGGAGUUUUGAUGUUAGCUAUGUCAACACAGCUGCAUGGUCUAUCUAUGGCUAUGUCAUAGUCGUCCCAAUGGCAUACUUCUUUUUCCUCCAGUAUAUGGGUUCAAAUGCAAACCUUGUACGGUUUUGGUGCAUGUGGGGGUAUUCGCUCACCAUUUUCAUCUUGUCCUGUUUUCUAUUACUUAUUCCAGUUGAGUUUCUUCGUUGGAUUAUAAUAAUCCUUACGGGUGGUGCCUCAGCUAGUUUUGUUGCCUUGAACUUAAGGUCUGUUAUAGAUGGAAAUGAUCUUUCAGUGGCUGUAAUUGCUGCAUUUUUCUUGCAAAUAGCUUUGUCUGUCUUCAUCAAGGUUUGGUUCUUUGCAUAACUUAAAGCGUCGCAGAAGUGAAUAAAACCUGAACCACUGUCAUUGUUACCCCACUCUACUGGCUAACUUUGUUUGACACGUGAGUAGAAUCUGCAACAGAGAUGGUUUAUGUAAAUUUGAUUUCUUAGAUGGAUGCAAGAAGAUUUGCAAAGUGGUGUGAUUGGCUGCAGUGUCAGAUGGGUCUGAAUGAUCAAUAUUUGCGAAGGGAGGAACAAUCAUUGGAGCAAUAUUUAUGCCUCAAUGUUUGACCACCUUUCGUACAUCUUUAAUUAACAGAUCUCUCAUUUCACCACUUUGUGAAAUCUAACACCAUACGUUAUCCCAGAACAGCGGUAGAGUAGGAAACUAUGAAUAGAAAAUACGAAGAAUCCCACGAUAUAGCCUUGUAUGGAUGAGGAUGGAGCUUGUUUUCAAACAAUUAUUAUUUACUUAUUGUGAUUAUUCUUAUUUUAUGAAAUUUUAUAUGGCCAAAUAUCAGUGAAUAAUUGUUAAGGUUAUGUAUUACUCCUUAAAAAUGAAGGGUAUUAUUGAUGGAAUAUAUGUCAAACUUGCUCAACU